CGUUCAUUAAAUAACAACAGGAGUUAAUUGUUUAUUUUCUGCUUGUUAUUUUUAACGGCAUGACCGCCAGACGUUACCGAAACUCGAAACUUGAGUUUUCGUCUGUCAGCAAAAUGUGAAAACAAUUCAAAGAAUUUAAAUAAAUAUGUGAAAGACAGCUAAAAAUCUACGCAAAAAUGUUUUCGCCGUUUGCCAACAGGAGUAAGAUCAUGUCUGAAAUGAUGAAAUUCUCAUUCCAUCAUCGUGCAUUUUACUGUUAUGUGGGAAUGAGCUUAUGGAUAUUUUUCCUUAUCACAGUGAUGUACAAGUAUAUGUCAGUAGGUGAGGAAGCAAUAAUGCCCAAGAAAGUGGUACAAAGCCAGUAUAUAUCAAAAAGCGACUCCAAAUUUAGGAAGAUCUACAUUAGAGCCUGCAAUCCUCCUGAAAACAUUCACAGACGUACAGAAGGUGUAGUAGACAGUGACACUUGGCUAUUGCAAGGUGUGCUGGUACUGAUAAGGCAUGGAGACAGGGGGCCUCUGACUCAUCUUAAAGGGGGUGACAAGCUACCUUGCGACACUGAACCUAACUCCGCAUUGCUAAAGAGCUAUGAGGAAUUUGUUGCGAACGCAAGCGCAGGCUCCGGGCGGGCAUAUUGGGUGGCAGGACCGGGGCCCUUCCACAAUUUCCCGUCACUGCCGCCCCGUGCUACUGGCACUCACUGUGCCUUAGGCCAACUCACGCAGCGCGGCCUGCUGCAAAUGCUCACUGUCGGUACUAUCCUGAAGGAUGCUUAUGGCGACAAAUUACCAUUAAGUAACGUGGAACUCGUGGGAAAGAAGGAAACAGGCGAGGUGAUAUCAAUAAGCACUCGGUACCGGCGCACGUUCCAGUCGCUGGUGGGGUUGUUGUGGGGCGCGUGGGGCGCCCGCGCUGGCUCGCUGGCCGCGGCCGCCAGGGAGACUCACUCCGUCGCCUUCUGCGCGGCCGACUGCGCCUGCGCUAAACAUCAUCAGCUCAACAAGAAAAUCAACAUACAAACAAAAAACCGUCUUGAAUCUCAUCCAGCAAUCAAAGAUCUAGUCAUUAAACUCUCAAAAGUUUUAUUCGAAUCUCAGGAACACAUCGACGCUGACGUAGUAAGAGACGCAUUAUUGGCUUACAUGUGCCAUGAUGCCCCGUUUCCCUGCUCAGAAAAACCUAGACCUAAAUCAAGAGGGGCUAAAGGACACAAGAAAUUAAGGUCUGAACACGUCCCUUUAAGAAGUCUUUUGGACGUUGACAUUGACACCUUGAACAUGGAACUCGAUUACAUAAACAACCAAUUAGAUUUCAACAACGAAAUUGGUCGAAAAGCCAGAGAUAUCAUUAAUAAAUAUUAUGAUAGUAAAGAUAGGAAGGUACCACUGGAUUUUGACGCACAAAUGGAAAGGGAGAAGCUUCUUUAUUAUCAACAAAGAUAUAUGGAUAGUGCAGAUGCGUAUGAUGACGUUGUUAUCGUGAAAAAGAAUUUGGACGCUGAUUUUAAUUUCCCGAAUGAUGCACGAAUGGAUACAGACUUCGAUGAAGAUUACAAAGAACCAACGGAAAGUCCCGAAGAUUUCUGUAUUUUAAAGGAACACGUUAUGUCCCUGUUUGCAUAUUUGGAAUGGAGUUAUCGGCAAGAAAUACGCAACGUUCAUAAUAGAAGGCGAGGUUUGUUAGUUGCUUAUGGUUUGAUUCAUAACAUUGUGCAAAAUAUGAUUCGAAUGAUAUCGGAAAAUAAGCCCAAAUACGUACUAUAUUCGGGUCAUGAUAAAACUUUGCAAGCGUUGAUUUUAGCGUUAGGACUGAAUAACUAUCAACAUUAUAACAUACAGUAUGCAUCUAGAAUGGUAUUUGAAGUAUAUAGAAAGAGAGAUUUGAGAGAUGAGUUCAAAUUUAUUAAACGAAAAGCUGUGGCUCAAGAUUUUUAUUUUCGCGUAGUCUAUAAUGGGGAGGAUAUAACGAAUAAAUUGAGUUUUUGUAAAAACAAACAAAAUAUUAUUAUGAAGGUUGUCGACCCCGUCGAUAACGUGAAAGUUUAUAACACGUAUCUUUGCCCGAUUGAGAGCAUAGUCAGGUUUAUUCACGAUGAUUAUUUUACUGUUUUCAAUGCCACCAACUUUAAAGACGCUUGCGCUAGUUACAGUAACUUGAAGCAUGUGUGAAUUUAAAAAAUUGGGUGUUACUAAAAUAUGGGUCUCAGAAUCUCGUGAGAAAUGGGGAAAUUGAAAAUUGUUUAUAGCAACACUUGACAUGAUUUGUAUAUGGAAUAUGUGAGAUUAGCUGAAUGUGGUUUUGUUAUAUUCUGCCUAUUGGAAAUAUCGUACUUAAUUAUAUUCAUUCUGUGGCGUAUUACAGACUAUUGAUUAAUUAGGGCGCGUGUCCACGCUAAGAAAAGAAAUACGCGUCAUUUCUACACACGAACAGUGUACAUUGCAUCGGCGCCGGACAAGAAAAAAAUCUUGUCUACCACGGACACGACGCUCUCUGCCGCUAUUGUAUGGAGCAGGUCGAGGUGCAUUGUCAAUAAACGAACGUUUAUGCGCGUGGACGGGUGUUGCUUAGUAGUCAACGUACACAACAACAUAUUUCUUCCCACAGUCGCUAGUAAAACGACAGCUACCUGGAAGACUCGUAAUGCAUUUUACC